AUGACCGCAGCGACUUCCAGCGUGCUGUCGGCUGCAUGUGACCAGUGCAGGACUCGUAAGAUCCGGUGUGAUCGGCGGCAGCCCAAGUGUUCCAGUUGCCAUAAGGCAGGCAUUGUUUGCAGUCAGACGAAUAGUCAUAGGCGUGUCAAUCAUUCAAAACAGCUGCAAGUCCAUUUCUGCUCUUGA